AUGGGGCCGGAGAAUAACGGCUGUUCUCGGGAGGAACUCAUCGCGCCCAGGAGCCAGACCAUCAAUGACCUCAAGCUGCAGCUCGUCUUGUCCCUUGUCCUGGGAGUCUCAGCUUUCAUUACCUUUUGUAUACUUCGCCCACGAUGGCCGUCGCUCUACGCGGCUCGCGAGCGCCGCCUCGACCCCAAGAUCAAUCUGCCGGCGUUGUCGAAUUCAUUUUUCGGAUGGAUCCCGCAGUUAUACAGAAUCAGCGAAAACCAAAUAUUGGCAGCUGCGGGAUUGGAUGCGUUUGUGUUUUUGGCAUUUUUCAAAAUGGCUAUCCGACUCUUUUCCAUCAUGGCGUUUUUUGCGAUAGUGGUUUUAGAGCCAAUUAAUAUAAGCUACCGAGGAAACGAGACCUGGCUUAAUCCGAACAAGCCGGAGCACGAUGGACGCGACCGAGAUUUAUUUGGUUCAUCACAAAUACUGUAUGGAAACGGCCUUGACGUGCUCAAAGAUAACGACGAGGACAAGAGCAACGAGAAACCCUACUUGUGGGCAUAUGUCAUUUUUACGUAUUUCUUUGUAGCUGUUACGCUAUAUUCGAUUAAUUGGGAGACGUUUCGGAUCGUCGACCUCAGGCAAAGGUAUUUGGGCUCGCAGUCGACAGUAACGGAUCGAACUUUCCGUCUUACAGGUAUACCGAUCAAGCACAGGUCCGAAGAAAAGCUCAAAGACUUGAUUGAAAAGCUCGAUAUUUGCCUUGUGGAUUCCAUCACAUUGUGCAGGGACUGGAAGUAUCUCGAUCAGUUAGUUCGGCAUCGAGACUUACUAUUGCGGAAGCUAGAAGCUUCCUGGGCAAAGUAUCUCAAAAUUCAAGAAUCAUCAACGCAACAUAGUGAUGCAACCCAGACACAGAACGUGGACGAUGAUACAGUCGGUCAAGUCCGCGGCAUAAAUAGGGACGAGGAGUCUGCCGAGAAUGCCCGGCUUCUCUCAAGCCAGCAAGACCAGCCGUAUAUGUUUGCCGGCGACCGACCUCAGGUGUCUAUUCGAUACGGUCCACUGCUUCUCCGAAGCCAAAAUGUUGAUGCAAUCGACUACUACGAGGAGAAGCUGCGCCGGCUCGACGAGCAGAUUGUCCAAGCUCGGAAGAAGGAAUACGAACCUACGGACAUGGCCCUCGUCACUGUGGAUUCAGUCGCAUCUUGUCAGAUGGUUAUCCAGGCUAGAAUAGAUCCUCGACCUGGUAGAUUCUUGACCAAGCCAACCCCCUCGCCUUCCGACCUGGUGUGGAAGAAUACCUACGCCUUGCGCGGCAUCCGUCGACUGAAAGCAUGGGCCAUCACACUCUUUAUCACGGUGUUGACGCUCGUCUGGAUAUUUCCCACGGCAUUCCUAGCGUCCUUGUUAAGCAUAUGCACUAUUGAUCGGGUCUUGCCAAAAUUUGCCGCGUGGCUGAGUGACCAUACUGUCAUCAGGUCAUUCAUUCAGAACAGCGCGCCGACGCUGAUCGUCUCGUUGCUCAACGUUUCAGUCCCAUACCUCUAUGACUGGCUUUCAAACCACCAAGGCAUGGUAUCGCAAGGAGACGUGGAGCUGUCUGUCAUCUCCAAGAAUUUCUUCUUUACGUUUUUCAACACCUUCUUCGUGUUUGCGGUUUCGAGAACUGGAUUCGAAUUCUUCAACGUACUGAGGCGUUUUCUUAAAGAUACAAGCCUGAUACCCCGGAUUAUUGCCCGUGACGUGGAGGAUCUUUCGCUGUUCUACACAUCCUUCAUCAUUCUGCAGGGAAUUGGUCUCAUGCCCUUUCGAAUACUUGAAGUCGGAAGUGUAUUUCUCUUCCCAAUAUCUCGGUGGCUCUCCUCCACGCCCCGCGAUUUUGCUGAAUUACAGAAGCCCCCAAAAUUUCAGUACGGCUUCUAUCUACCGACUGCGCUGCUUGUGUUCAACCUGUGUAUCAUCUACAGUGUUCUACUAAACGGAGAAAUAAUUCUCAUCUUCGGCAUAAUUUACUUUGGGCUGGGGUACUUUACAUUCAAGUAUAUGCUGCUGUAUGCUAUGGAUCAACCCCAACAUGCUACGGGCGGUGCGUGGCGUAUAAUCUGCUACCGCAUAGUCAUUGGCCUUCUGGUUUUCGAGACAGUCAUGGUCGGGCAAAUAGCCUCUUCUAGGGCAUUUGUGCAGUCUGUUGCAGUCUUGCCACUGAUUCCAUUUACGAUCUGGUAUAGCUACUACUUUAACCGACGAUUCGAGCCUCUGACAAGAGUGAUUGCGCUAAGAGCGAUUCGAAAUGGGCGAGAGCAAAACGGCGAGGGCGAACAAGCUGUAGAAGAUGAGGCCUCGGAUGAUGAUGGUCCACAUUUUCAGCGCCAAAUCCUGAGAAGGGGAAGCACUCUAGACGAGUUCAAAGAGAGAGGCUUGACGUUUGUCAACCCAAGCUUAGUUACUCCUUUACAACUUCCAUGGAUCUACCAUGAUCCACCGGCGCUAGCCGAUGAUGAUGUUACGACGGAGGGCGAUCGUUCGUCCCAAGGCCGUCCUACUCUGAUCCUACCGAAUGCAGACAGCUCGUUGGGUAUUGGAGAGGAUAAUGUAUGGGUAGACAGCACACAAAGAUCUUGA